CUGUUUUAGGUCAGUUUUCCCAUUAAACUGGCCGACAUUUAUGUUGUCCGACAUUGAUGUUGUCCCAGCCGAUGCUACAAACAUUUCAGCCGGCGUUAGCUGCUCUGUUAGCUCAUAUGAUCAAGUGGUGUUUAAGCCUCCGGGUCUGGGUGCCUUUUAUCCGCUCUACAUGAAUGUAUGGUUAGGGAUACGUGUUGCCAACCUCCUCUGUUGUCAUGACAGUAGCGGCAGACACCACGUAACGUUAAUGUUUGCACUAUUAGUCAAAGCAGGGAUGAUAGCGACAUCUGUCUGUGAGUGGCUCCGAGGCUGUGUGUUACUGAAUGCUUUUAUACGGUGUCGUAACUGGCGACAUAAGUCACUUGAACAUCGAGUUCAAACGCGUACAAAGGCAGGGAGUGGGCAUGGAAACGUGGAAGUGAGUUUGUUUCAGUGAGGAGACAGACAAGGACAAAGCAUUGAACUCUGAAGCUGCUGUCAUGGACACCAAAGCAGUGUUUGCGGCCCUUUACAACAUCUGCGAAGAAAAUGCCACAUUCUUCUCAGGAGGAGCCAAGGGGCCACAGGGGGAUGCGUCUCGGCGAUUGGUGGUAGCGAUGAACUCGAUCCUGGAGCAUGCUCGCAGUCUGGAGCCAGUGGUCUCUGGUUUUGCAGCAGUUUACCACCAUUUUGAUUUUGACCCACACAUACCUGCUAAUGGCUAUCGCUCGCUGGUGAAGGUUUUGCGUUGCUGCCUGCUCCACAUCAUUCACAAGGGGCGCUACAUCGCCGCCAAUCGCCGCAGAAUAUUUUUCAGGGUGGCACACAACGCAGGUGAGAUGGAGGCCUACUGCAAUGCGCUGUGUCAGCUGCGCGCCCUGCUUUACCUGGCCCAGCGCAUGGUAGAGGAAAACAGCGACGGCAAUCUGUUUGUGCGGGAGGAAAGUGACCUCAGCGAGAGAUUUGUUCGUGAAUACUCAACCAUGCACAAGGGCUGUUUCUACGGCCGCUGCCUGGGCUUUCAGUUCACGCCAUCGAUCCGGCCCAGUCUCCAGACCAUCGCUAUCGGCCUUGUGGCCUUUGGAGAAAACUACAAGCGGCAUCAGACAGGAAUAGUGGAGUCAGGAAGCGUUGCGCCGUACGGUGUAGCAGCCAGCUCAUUCUUCACCUCAGGGAAGUACGCCAUUGACCCAGAGUUAAGGGGAGCAGAAUUCGAACGUAUUAUACAGAACCUGGAUGUUCAUUUUUGGAAGACUUUCUGGAACAUUACAGAGACGGAGGUUCUAUCCAGUCUUGCUAGCAUGACUUCCACCACAGUUAAGGUGAACAGGGCUAUUUCGGUGCCCCCCGUACCUUUUGACCUUCCCUUGGCAGCCAAUCAGGCGGUCUCUGUAACGAUAGCUCCACCAUCUGCACACAUUGGCACUGCACCAGUUCAGAUGAGGCUCAUCUCCUACGACCUACGUGAAGGACAGGACAGUGAAUCCCUUCUGUCCCUCUCCCGCUCUGAGGGAGGUGCCAUUUCUCUGUCUUUGGGGUUGAAGGCUAAACGCCUCCCGCCUUCUCCCUGUUUGCUAAUCCACUUCCACGGAGGAGGCUUCGUCGCACAGACCUCCAAGUCACACGAGCCAUAUUUGAAGAGUUGGUCCCAGGAUCUUGGUGUCCCCAUUUUGUCAGUUGACUACUCUCUGGCCCCUGAGGCCCCCUUCCCCAGGGCAUUGGAGGAAUGUUUUUAUGCCUACUGCUGGGCUCUGAGAAACCCUCAUCUAUUAGGAUGGACUGGAGAAAAAGUCUGUCUGGCCGGGGACAGCGCUGGAGGGAAUUUGUGUUUGACGACAUCAAUGCGUGCCGGUGCCUUUGGUGUGCGAAUGCCAGAUGGCGUCGUAGCUGCCUAUCCAGCUACCCUGCUCACUGCCUACGCGUCACCUUCCCGUCUGCUAACGCUUAUGGAUCCCCUGCUGCCGCUCAGUGUGCUCACCAGGUGUCUCGGUGCCUACGCAGGCAAUGAGCCACAGACUGAGAAGCAGGUAGAGAAAGCCGGCGCUCUGGGUCUGGCGAGAAGAGAUACAGCUGGACUACUGCGAGAUUUACGACUGGGAGCCACCGGCUGGUUCCACUCUCUGCUGGAUUCAAACACUUCCUUGGCUUCUUCCACUGGUGCUGAUGGGCUGCCAGCAGAUGCAGUGCGGAAUAGCAUUUCAGAGGCAUCCAUCUCUGCUCCUCAGGCUGAUUCCGCCGCAGCCUCCGGGUCCUUAGAGUUUCCCUCCAAGUCUUGCCAGGACUUGCCAGGCACAUACAACAACACCAGCUACACCUCGUGCAGCGGACCAGAGCUCUCUGAAGACACUCCAAAAGAGGUAAAUUUUUUCCUCGCCAAGGAUCCAGAAGCCUCUUUGUCCACUGAUUUGGCCGCAGUGGCCAUACCUCCACCUGCUGGAGAGGAAGGGUCAGAACAGGGGCCGUAUCCCUCCGGAUUUGAACCGUUGCGUUCCGAACAUCUGCCCAAUAUGCGUGUGGAAAGCUCACCGGUGGUCAAGGAGCCCUUCUGCUCUCCUCUUCUGGCCCCUGAUAGCUUACUAAAAGGGCUGCCUCCCAUUCAUUUAGUGGCUUGUGCAUUGGACCCCAUGCUGGAUGACUCCGUCAUGUUUGCCAAGCGCCUACGGUCCUUGGAGCAGCCAGUCACGCUGUGUGUGGUGGACGACCUCCCCCAUGGUUUCCUAACUCUCUCGCAACUCUCCAAGGAAACGAGGGAGGCUGCCAACGUCUGCGUGGAGCGGAUUCGCGCCGUCUUCACCCAGAAGGAAACUCCUCCGGAGCCAAGGAAGCAUCGAAAGUUGGAACGGACCAAGAUGGGUGUGCGAGACACCAAAGCGGAGGAUGACCCCGUCUUUGCUGGACGCACGGAAGGAGGAGAGCAAGCUGUUGGACAUGGAGUCGGUGUUGCCGAUGGAGAGGACUUGGUCGCCGUUGCAGCCCAAAACAAUGGCGAUGUCGGAGGUAUUGGAGCCUGAACAAGGGGCUUUAUUCAUUUAAACGUUUUUCACUUAAGGAGUGAAUGAAGGAGAAAAAAAAAAAAAAAAAGAAUAAAUCAAAUUAAGACAGGUAGGUGCCGGUGACGGGGGAUGGAAGAUCAUCAUCGUCAAGAAGACGGCGCUGCCUCGCUCUUUAAAAUGGCCGUGUUUUAAAUACCACAGAGAUCAGACUUCAGAUCUUUGACCAGCUCUGGCCCACGGGUGUGUUGACGCACAUUAUCAUCAGAGCGGCUGUCAGACAGUGCCGACUGGCACAUAACACAGAGGCUGGAGGUUCUUGAGACAAACCUUGAGAGGGUGAAUAAUUUAAAGCGAGGCGAUGGUUGAGCCCUAAUGAGAUGUUGAUGGACACUGCCGUGAUUGUGUGCGUGCGCGCGCAUCCGUAUGAAGUCAUCCCCCAUCAAAACAACCACUUGACACUAGAGAGCUGCUUUAAAUCGCACCCAAUAACUACAAGCCCUUCUUCUUCAUUAAAGCUGUUUAGCCUCCGAUGCUGCACACAGGGAUUAGCUUUAACACAACAAGGACAGGCUCAAACUGGAAAGUCCCGGAGCAACACAUCUGCUGCCGUUGACGUUGUAUUCACCUUUUUUUUUUUUCUUUUUUUUUUUUUUAAUCGCAUGUAGCAGUAUUAUAUUUUUAUAAUAAUAUAUUUUAUCCUCUUUAGUGGGAAACCAUGAUUCAUAACUGAUGUAUACGUCGGUUCGUGUUUGUGCUACAUUUCAUCCGAUGCUGUUCAUUCCACUUUUUCAAAUAUUUAACAUACUUUACCUCGGAGUCUUUAGCCACAGCUGUGUAUACACAGAGUACUGUAUAGAUGCUGCUUUAAGCUAUUCUGUGGUUGGAAUAUUUUGAAUGGGAAGAGUGCAUUUUAUUGAUUAGUAAUAAUUGCAGACUGCGUAAGAGAGAUUUUUUUUUCUCAGUACACUAAACACAUGUGCCCAUAGCAGUGUCAUAUGCUUCCAACAGGACUUGUAUUUUCCUUAAGAAGACUUCGAGAAUUAUAGUUCCCUGAUCCUCUCACUGUGAAAACUACACUCAAGACACUGACGAAGAGAGUAGCUGCACAGAAGCUGAGCUUCCAGCUAGCCCAGACCACUUUAAACUUUCUCUGUACACAUUAUUUUCCCUUCUUCUUUUACCAAGUAGAAGCCACCAGAAGUGUGUGUAAUCGUAACAGCCAAAACCUAGUGUUAUCAGCUAAUGAUAACGUCCAGCAGCAGGCAAAAAAAAUGGC